CGUAAAUCUCAAUUCGAUAUCAAUAACAGAUGCUUAUCAGAUAAACUAAUCUCUGUUAGAUUGUUGUAAGAAUUUGAGAGUAACGCACGAAGUAUUGUGAAAAAAAUGAACGGUUCUACGAUAUGUAAACAUUAUAUUGGUUUUUUAAUAGUUCUAAAUUCGUAUGUAAUAUGUUGUGGGCAAGUGAUUUUAUUUGGAGACUGUACCGAUGUGAGAACUAUGGAAUACUUUGAAAUUGAAAGAUUCCUAGGCAAAUGGUACACAGUCCAACGCGUUCCAUCAUGGUACGAAGAGUACGGACAAUGCGCGUAUAAGUUAAUCCAACAGUGCGGAAGGUCGAUCGAGUUCCAGCACAGAUCCAUUAGAAAUGGCGUUGAAUACGUCUUGCAUAUUAACAGCACUUACGCUCCAGGAGACGAGGCUGUGUUUGAUAUACAAAGAAAUAAUAUAGAUCCAUUCGGUAUUCCCUUGUCAAUUAUAAAGACGGAUUACACAAACUACGCUAUCGUAUAUGGAUGCAAAAACAAUCAGUUAUUACAAAUGAAAUAUGUUUUAGCGUGGGUACUAGCAAGAAAUACGACAUUACCUCCUGAAAUACUAGAUAAUGCGUACAAGGAAUUGAAUUUAUUACCCGCAAUAAGUCUUGCAUAUAUGGAGACUGUGGAACAUUCGCAGGAACUCUGUAGUUACCACUGGACGGCGCACGUUCAAGCAAUUUACUACAACGGCAGUGAUAUAGAUCCAUAACACUUUUUUAGUACCGAUAUAAAUAAAAAAUUUAAA